ACCUCCCCACCGGACUACAACAAGAGUAAAGGAGGAAGUAGGAAGUGUGACCAGAAGCUAAAGUCCUUUGGGUUAAAUAUUUCUCCUAAAAAUGGAGGACUGAGGAUCAAGGAUAGGAGGAAGUGGUAGGAAACUAUCUUGGGAGUAUUCUAAAAUGGCCACACAAAGCAGAAUUGGAGUCCAGAUGCAAGAUAAUGAAAGAUUUCCUCAAGACCUUAGUGUGAAAGAAAACACUGAUGCAGGCCUUAAGAGGCAGAAAGGACAUGAAAAAGAGCCCCAGACCCCACCUAAGAAAGGCUCAGAAGAAUGGUUUGACACUCACAGUUUGACAUACCAGAAGCUUACAUUGGUGGAUCUGAUCAGCCAGGGCACAGCUGUUCUGAACAAGAACAGCAGCGUCAUGCAAAAAAUCCACUUUCCAAUCAAGGCUGUCAACCUCUUUGAAUCAAGACUUUCUGAAGCUAUUGAAACCUUUCAGAAAAGAAUUCAGUGGCUCAUGGAAGGCAGCAGGAAGAUAUUUGGCCUCCUAAAGGGGACUAAAGUUGGAGUCCUGGUGGACGUUUCAAACAUGAGCUGUAACUUUCAAAAGCAGGAGUUCCAACAUGACUUGUUGAGUCUUAUAGAUGAGCAGCUGAGCAAAAAAGAGCACUUGUACCUUCUCUCCUUUGGCACCCAUCCCUCAGUCCUCUGGCCAAAUCCAGUGAAGGUCAAUAAGUCCAAACUCCAGGAAGCUAAGGAGUGGGUACAGAUGUUACAGCCCCGUGGAGGAAGCAAUUUACUCCAAGCUCUGAGAAAAGCCCUCAUGAAGAAGGAGCUGAAUUCCUUGGUAGUCAUCAUAGGCAGCUGCCCAGAUCAAUCUCCAGAAAUUCUAUCAGACUACAUUCUGCAGUGCACCCUGGGAAGGAAUAUGAUCCUCCAGAUUGUCACUUAUAAAUGUAGCAACCACAUGCCCCUGGCCGUGGUCAGGAACUUUGCAGAAGGUCUUAGAGGCCAUUACCACUGCUACACACUAAUACCAGAGGAUCAGAAUUCUGCCAACAGUGAUGUAGUUAAGCUCCUUAAAGAGAUUCAGAAGGCUAAGAAUAUUCUCAGCACCAUCAAAGAGAUGUACGAGAGCAAGACUUGUGAAGCAUUCACCAACAUGGCACGAGAAAUUUCUACAGAGUUUACAAAAUUGCCCAUAUCCAGCUUCUUACCCAAGCCUCCAAAGCAUGAGGGCCCUCUCAAAAUUAAAAUCCCAAACUUCUUGACCAGAACCUCUGCAGACUGGCUGAAGACAAAUGGAUUGAAAGCCAAGAAGUUAAGCCUUUACCAAGUUUUGGCUCCUAAUGCAUUCUCUCCCAUGGAAGAAUUUGUGCCCAUUCUCCAGAAAACAGUAUCUUCAACUCUCCAUGAGAAAGCAAUGAUACAGUUUGAAUGGCAUGAUGGAACCAUGAAGAAUAUCCAUGUGGACCCACCCCUUCUGUAUGACUAUCAGAAGCAGCUCAGCAAUGCCAUCCGGAUGUUUGAGAGGCGGAUUGAGUGGCUUUCCAUCUCCAGCAGGAGAAUCUGGGGCACAGUCUGUGAAAAAAGGGUGGUUAUACUGGUGGAUAUCUCAGUGACCAAUUCCAUGUACAUUAUUCAUAUCCAACAUUCCUUAAGACUUCUGCUUGAGGAGCAAUUGUCAAACAAGGAUUGCUUCAACAUCAUUGCGUUUGGAAGUAUAGUUGAAAGCUGGAGACCUGAGAUGGUUCCCUUAACCCAAGAGAACUUGCAAAGUGCCUGGCGCUGGAUCUUGUCCCUGAACUGCAAGGGCAGCAGAAAUGUCCUCAGUGCUAUGAGGAAGGCAGUAGAAGUGGACUUUAAGGAUAAAGACAAGUUCAGUUCCCAAGGCAUCUACAUCUUCACUGGUGGAGUACCUGAUCAGGAAAUGCCUAUGGUCAGUGCCUAUGUCGCCGAGACCUGUGGUGGCUGUGAUCUGAGGAUUCAUGUUUGCCUGUUCCACAUCGAGUUAGAGAUGGAUGGCACAGUCCCUGCCCGCUAUGCCAACAGGACUGACACAGCCUCUGCUUACAAGGAGGUCACUCGUGCAUCUAAUGGGAGAUUCCACUGGUUUGGUGACACAGGCAUCUUCGAGAGUGAUGAUAUCAGUACUAUCGCCUUGGAGAUGGAAAAGGCCAUCAACUACUCCCAAAAGUGUGCUUUGCUGGUAGCAUCCCUCAAAAACCAGUCUGGAAGCUUGGCUGAAAGCCCACCGGUACCCAAAGAAGAGCCAAAGGUGUUCAAGGAAAAAAGUCAGCCUCGAAAACUUUGCUGCCCUAAGCCUGUCAAACUCUCAAUGGCCAGAAUGAGCAAUAAAAGUGAUCCUGACAAAGACAAGAUUGUCUCCACAAAGAAUUUGACACGGCACUCAAACACCAGCAAACCAGCCAUCCCAGCAGGCCAGCCAGUGAAAGAUUGGGGUCCAAAUAAGGGAAAGAAGAAGAUCAAACCGGCAAAGAAAGGGCCAACCACAUCUUUUUUAAUUGUUAUUAAUCAAGGGAAAGAUGCAGAUGCACGCAAGAAAAAUCCACCGAUAAAGGCCCCAAAAAAACCUGUUUCUUCCAUUGAGCUUCCCAAAAACUAUGACAUUUCCUCAACUGAAGAGUGGUUGACGAGUUGCAACUUGAAAAAACUGAAGCUAGAAUUGCCUAAACUCUUGUUUGGCACAAACUCUAUUCAUCAGAAGAAAAUGGAAGAUGCCUUACAGAAGCAAAUUUCAUCCAAAACUCUAACCUACUUCCCAGUUGCAGAAGUCAAGUGCAUGAUAAAACAUCUGCAGUGCCAGGAUAAGGAUUUAGAAGAGUACAUGGAACAGACAGAGAAAGCAAAAAAAUGUUAUAUCAAACGGAUUCAGUGGUUGCUGACAGGAAGCCGACGACUAUUUGGCACUAUUUUGGAGAGCAAGGUCUGUGUCAUGAUAGACCUAUCAGAGUCCAUGGGGUUAUAUCUGCAGCAGUUAAAGAAAGAACUGACUUUGCUGAUUUGGGAACAACUGAGAAAAUGUGACAGCUUCAACCUGCUUGGUUUUGCAGAAGACCUAUAUGCAUGGCAAGACAAACUGGUAGACUCCACAGAUGAAGCAUGCCACAGUGCUGUGCAGUGGGUGACCAAACUGGAAGCUCAAGGAAGUACCUCCAUCCUGAGAGCUUUAUUGAAAGCUUUCACUUUUCAAGAUGUAAAAGGACUGUACCUUCUGACUGAUGGAAAGUUGGACUUGAACUGCAGUCUCAUUCUAAAUGAAGUUGAAAAGCUCAAGAAGAAAAAAAAUAUUAAAGUACAUUCCAUUUCUUUUAACUACUCAUCUAAAAUAGAUCAGGAGACAAGAUCAGUGAUUACGUUUCUGAAAAAGCUGUCUAAUAAUACUGGGGGGCGCUACCAUCACUGUCAAAUGGAGUUGGAAGACUGCAUGGAGAUUCAUAGAGUGCUGACCGAAGACACUAUUGAAAAAAAUGAUUCCUUUUUGCAAUUAUUUGAAGGAGAUGACCUAAAGAAACUUGUUCAAGAGAUACUCAAAGCCAAGCAUUUCCUAAAGCAGGCCGAGUCUUUCAGAAAAAUUCUACAGAAGAACAAUACUGAAGAAGUGCACAUUCCUGUUUAGAAAAGAGCUUUCAGAUAUCUUCCGGAGUACUUCCAUCAGUGUGGCUUCAACGGAGUAGAAAACAGUAGGACCAAUCAGCCUAUCCAUUCAUCCAUCCAUCCAUCCAUCCAUCAAAAUGAGUUGAGCUGCUGCUUUUUGGAUGUCGUCUAGCAAAUUUCUUGCUAAAGGACAUGAACAUGAGGAUGUACAUUGUGCAUCAAAUUAUAUAUUUUAAACUGUAUAUUAUAUAUAGUAUGUAUUUUAUAUAGUCAUUUAUGAAACAAAGCUACUUAUUGCUAGAAUCAAAACUGUUGUUUAGGAUGUUAGAAAUGAUUACUGUUCUUUUCUUUAUAA